AUGUCUCUCUCCAAGCUGCAGGGAGUAAAGCUCCCCGCCUCGGCCGACUUCCAUGUCCAUCUUCGUGAUGGUCCAAUGAUGGAGUUGGUGACUCCUACUAUCCGACAGGGAGGUGUGAACACCGUUUUUGUUAUGCCCAACCUUGUGCCACCUAUCACGACCGUCGACCGUGCUUUGGACUACCAGAAGCGCCUCCAAGCCAUCGAGCCGAAUGUUAACUUCCUUAUGUCGUUGUACCUCCACGAGACCGUGACCCCGGAGACCAUCGUUGAGGCUAAGAAGCGCGGCAUCGUCGGUGUCAAGAGUUACCCGGCCGGUGUGACAACCAAUUCCUCUGCGGGCGUGGUCGACUACACGCAAUUCUAUCCUGUUUUCGAGGAGAUGGAGCGACAAAACAUGAUUCUGAACCUGCACGGAGAAAGCCCCUCCGGAGGCGAUGUGACGGUGUUGUCCGCGGAAGAGCGUUUCCUCCCCAAGCUCUUUGAGCUGCACUCCAAGUUCCCUAAGCUGCGCAUCGUUUUGGAGCACUGUACCACUGCUGCAGCUGUGGAGGCCGUGAAGAAGUGCGGUCCCACCGUUUCUGGUACCAUCACAGCCCAUCACCUAUCCAUUAUCAUCGACUCGUGGGCCGGCGACCCAUUCUGCUUCUGCAAGCCCGUUGCUAAGACCCCAGCCGACCGCGAUGCCCUUCUCCGUGCUGCUGUCUCAGGAAAUCCCAAGUUUUUCUUUGGCUCCGACAGCGCCCCGCACCCGGCGGCAUCCAAGCGUGGUGGCGAGAAGAUCGCUGCUGGAGUCUUCACCCAACCAUACACCACUCAAGUUGUGAUUGAUGCGUUUGAGCAGGCCUGCGAUAACGGGGUCCUCAAGGCGGAUGAGGUCACGCCAGAGAUUGUCGAGGGUUUCAUGAGCAAGUUCGGACGGUCCUUCUAUGGCCUCCCGGAGGAGCAGAAGGAAUUCAUCACUAUCGAGAAGAAGGGCGAGAAGAUCUCGGAGAUCCUCCAGUCAGACAAGACUGACGUGGUCCCCUUCAGAAAGACCCAGGAAACAUGGAGCAUCACUUGGUCUUAG